GAGUGACGUCAUAUACGUGUUAACGAACCAGAUACAUCCCACCGCACGUGAGGGUAUGCCAGUAAUCCAAAGAAAAAUCCUACGCUUUGCAGAAGAAAGUACAAUUUGUAAUUUAUAGUGUGUAAUUGAAUAUAACAACAAUACAUCCGUAAAGGGAAUGAACAUCUACCGAGCGAUGACGAGGCUCUGCAGGAAAAGCUACACCUUGGCGCCGACAGAGGGCAGCACAAACAGCUUCACGGCUUUAAAAACAGGUUGCUGUGGCGCAAAUUCUUUGACCGUUAGGGGGCGCCGAAUACAAAUGAUUCAGACUCUAGUGAUGGUCUUCGUACCAAUUUUAGCAUUGGCAAUUUACGCGUCUGAUAAUUUAGCUAGCGUUGUUAUGACUCUUGACGAACUUUUUGACAUUAAAAGGCAAGUUGCGUCUGUUCAGGCUAUGGGUGGCCUCGUUCAUGCAAUUCAGCUGGAAAGGGCCGAGUCAGCUCUCUACCUCAUUUGCGAGGACGAGGACGUUUUAUACACUUUGACAAACCAGUACAGUCUCACCGACAAAAGGCUCAUGCUGACAAAAACGUGGCCGACUUUCGACCUCAAUACAAACUCUCUCCAAAUCAACAAAACAAAAGAGGAUCUUUUGCAUGUUUUACAAACUUUCAGAAACGGGACUAUAGCAAGAAAUGGCACCCAUAGCGUUUCGGACGAAGUUCAGUUCUACACUGAAGUGAACGCCAUUUUGAUUGAUUUUCUUGGCGGCGAGGUUGGAAAGACUGUUCACCGCUCGCUCUGGCAGUUAAUGCUGGCGUAUAAGUACAUCAUUAGGUUCAAAGAGAGUUUCGGGGUGAAAGUUGCGAUUGGAAUAGACUUCUACGGCAGGGGCAACCUUACGCAAGAUGAACAGCAAAUAUUCACAGAAAACUUCGCAUUGGCCGAAGAUCACAUCAUAGCGUUUCAAAAGUUCGCUCCAUUCACAGACGCCCUCUAUCGACACAAAAUGAAAAUUAAUAAAGAUCUGGUCACAACGGUUGAAACGUCAAUGCAGACCGUUCUAAACUCAGGGAAAAUAAACGCAAGCAAACAAAAUGCUUUGUCGUUUUUUCGAGACUGCCAGUCGUACUUGGAUAUCUUUCGCACAUUCAAGAUUGAUUUAAAGGACGAAAUUAUUCGUCAAAUAGAUUCGGAAAUCUUCGCGGCAGAUUUGAAUGUUUUGGCGGGAAUUUUAUCAUUUGUGGUGAUUUUGGUAAUCUCGCCUGUUCUGGUGACGUUAGUAUGCAGGACAAUUCAAACAAUGCAAGCCGUCACGACGGAAAUUUCAAAAAAGUCACAAGAACUGGCGGAAGAAAAGCUCAGGUCGGAUAACCUCCUUGAUCAGAUGCUUCCGCGGACUAUUUCCGAGCAGCUUAAGAAAAACAUCCCUGUCGAAGCGGAGUAUUUUGAUUCUGUGACGGUUUACUUCAGCGACAUUGUCAAAUUCACUGAAAUCUCUGCAAGUAGUACCCCGAUGGAAGUGGUGAACUUUCUGAAUGCGCUGUAUGUAUUCUUUGACGAACAGAUUGGAAACUAUAAUGUUUAUAAAGUUGAGACAAUCGGGGAUGCGUAUAUGGUCGCAGGGGGCGUCCCGGAACGUAACGGACGGCAGCACGUGAACGAGAUUGCCAUGAUGGCGCUAGAUAUCAUUGGAGAGAUUGAACAGUUCCGGAUUCCGCAUAUGCCCGAUGAGAAACUCAAAUUAAGGGUCGGCAUUCACACAGGGUCAUGCGUAGCAGGAGUGGUUGGCAUCAAAAUGCCCAGGUAUUGUCUGUUCGGCGAUACAGUGAACACGGCCUCAAGAAUGGAAACUUCUAGCCGGCCGCAGAGCAUCCAUAUCAGUGAUGAAAUGAAGCAAGCCCUUGAUAGUUUCGACAAGUACGUCACCCAGCCUAGGGGGCGCAUUGAAAUAAAGGGCAAGGGCGUGAUGAAGACGUAUUGGCUGAGGGGCCUGAAGGGGGAGCCCAAGCUACUGAACAACAGUAUUUCAGACGAUAUGCCCGCGGAUGGACGGAACUGUGACUCGCUCCUGUCUGCGGAUGAUAUUGUCUUUCAUGGCCAUUAGGAAAAACCGGAACUGAACGGAACCAAAUUCAAAGGUGCAAAAAGCAAGAAAGGAUGAUUCCCUUGCUAACCGCCAAGUUUCGGCGCCACAGUGAUUUGACCUGGGUGGUUAUUUUGACGUAAGUUGAGUCCAGGGCUCGGUUGUUCAAAACAAGGUUUUGUCACUAAGCUAACGUUAGCUUAACUUGGCGUUAAGUCUAAAGGCUUAACUGAAGGAGAUAACGCCUAGUUGAAAGUCUAAAGGCUUAACUGAAGGAGAUAACGCCUAGUUGAAAGUCUAAAGGCUUAACUGAAGGAGAUAACGCCAAGAUGAGUUAAGUUACUAAAUUUGCUUUGAACAACCAGGCCGAGUUCUCAAGCCACGGGAUUUAACCCCUGGCAGCAACCUCUGUUUCGAGCUACCUACA